AUGCCAUCUUCUUUGCUGUUGGAGGUGCCUGCUCUGGCAGACUUCAACCGAGCUUGGACAGAACUUACAGAAUGGCUUUCUUUGCUUGAUCGAGUUAUAAAAUCACAGAGAGUGAUGGUGGGUGAUCUCGAGGACAUCAAUGAGAUGAUCAUCAAACAAAAGGCAACACUACAAGAUUUGGAGCAGAGACGCCCCCAGUUGGAAGAACUCAUUACUGCUGCCCAGAAUUUGAAAAACAAAACCAGCAAUCAAGAAGCUAGAACAAUCAUCACUGAUCGAAUUGAAAGAAUUCAGAAUCAGUGGGAUGAGGUACAAGAGCACCUUCAGAACCGGAGACAACAGUUGGAUGAAAUGUUAAAGGAUUCAACACAGUGGCUAGAAACGAAGGAAGAAGCUGAACAGGUCAUAGGACAGGCUAGAGCCAAGCUUGACUCAUGGAAAGAGGGUCCUCACACGAUGAAUGAAAUCCAAAAGAAGAUCACAGAGACCAAGCAGUUGGCCAAAGACCUCCGCCAAUGGCAGGUCAAGGUGGACGUGGCGAAUGAUUUGGCACUGAAACUUCUUCGGGACUAUUCUGCAGAUGAUACCAGAAAAGUACACAUGAUAACAGAGAAUAUCAAUGCUUCCUGGGGAAAUAUUCAUAAAAGAGUGAGUGAGAGAGAGGCUGCUUUGGAAGAAACUCAUAGGUUACUACAACAGUUCCCCCUGGACCUGGAGAAGUUUCUUUCCUGGAUUACAGAAGCUGAAACAACUGCCAAUGUCCUCCAGGAUGCUUCCCGGAAGGAGAAACUCCUAGAAGGCUCCAAGGGAGUCCGAGAGCUGAUGAAACAGUGGCAAGAUCUCCAAGGUGAAAUUGAAGCUCACAUGGACAUCUAUCACAAUCUUGAUGAAAAUGGCCAAAAAAUCUUGAGGUCCCUGGAAAGUUCAGAUGAAGCAGCCCUGUUAGAAAGACGUUUGGAUAACAUGAAUUUCAAGUGGAGUGAACUUCGGAAAAAGUCUCUCAACAUUAGGUCCCAUUUGGAAGCCAGUUCUGACCAGUGGAAGCGUCUGCAUCUUUCUCUUCAGGAACUUCUUGUGUGGCUACAGCUGAAAGACGAUGAAUUGAGCCGGCAGGCACCUAUUGCUGGUGAUUUUGCAGCAGUUCAGAAGCAGAAUGAUGUACACAGGGCCUUCAAGAGGGAAUUGAAAACUAAAGAACCUGUAAUCAUGAGUACUCUGGAGACUGUGAGAAUAUUUCUGACAGAGCAGCCUUUGGAAGGACUAGAGAAGCUCUACCAGGAGCCCAGAGAGCUUCCGCCUGAAGAGAGAGCCCAGAAUGUCAUGCGGCUCCUACGGAAACAGGCUGAAGAGGUCAGCACCGAAUGGGACAAGUUGAACGUACACUCAGCUGACUGGCAGAGGAAAAUAGACGAGGCUCUUGAAAGACUGCAGGAACUUCAGGAAGCUGAAGAUGAGCUGGACCUCAAGCUGCGUCAAGCUGAGGUGCUCAAGGGAUCCUGGCAGCCAGUUGGGGAUCUUCUCAUUGACUCUCUCCAAGAUCACCUUGAAAAAGUCAAGAUACUUCGGGGAGAAAUUGCACCUCUUAAAGAGAAUGUCAAUCAUGUCAAUGACCUUGCUCGCCAACUUACCACUUUGAGCAUUCAGCUCUCACCUUAUAACCUCAGCACUCUGGAAGAUCUGAACACCCGAUGGAAGCUUCUGCAGGUGGCUGUGGAGGAUCGGGUCAGGCAGCUGCAUGAAGCCCACAGGGACUUUGGCCCCGCAUCCCAGCACUUCCUUUCCACUUCGGUCCAGGGUCCCUGGGAGAGAGCCAUCUCACCAAACAAAGUGCCCUACUAUAUUAAGCUUCUCAGUAGGUUUGGCAUGGACAAGGUCUAUGGAGGCCAAGUGGAGAUUACUGGAGAUGAACACAAUGUGGGAAGUAUUGACAGUUCAUCUGAGGCCUUUACUUGUUGUUUGGAUACAGGCUUUGCCAGAACUAUAAUUGGAAAUAAAAAUUUGGUGUCCCGAAUGGAACUCUGGAUGAAGGCUUCUCUAGCCCUCACUGUGCCAAAUGACUCCCAGGUUAUCACUCUGGAAACAAGGAGUACAAUGCAAAAGCACUUCAGAAGUGUAUCAUGGCGCUCACAGUCCCUGGCUGUCCAGGUUCCCAGGUCCUUAGGUGGGGGCGGAGCCCUGCGCGGCCCCGCCCCGUCUGAGCACAGCUCCCCCCCACCUCCCCUCCCCGUCCGGCCCGCCCGCCAGCCCGCCAGCCAGCCGGGCUCCUCCGCAGUGCUUUCGGCUGCGAGCCUGGGCGGCGGCGCUCGACUUUUGGGGAGCCCGGCGGCUUGGGCAAGCUUACUCCUCCACGCUAAACUCCCGCCUCUAUCUGUCUGUGAAACCCUUACAACCAUGAGGGAACAGCUCAAAGGCUGCUGCCAGGAGAAGGCAAAACUUGGACCAGAGGCGGUGGUGGCUGGUGGUGGCUGGUAUAGGCUAGACCCAGACGUCGGGGUAGCUCUCCCACCCGUCUUGGGAGCCUCUGCAGCUGUUGGCAAAUCAUCGGGGGUUUCCUCUGUGCUUUCUGAUGAAAUAACAAAUGGUCUUUGUCUCCCUCCUUUUUCUUCAGCUGACCUGAAUAAUGUCAGGUUCUCCGCCUAUAGGACUGCCAUGAAGCUCCGAAGACUGCAGAAGGCCCUUUGCUUGGAUCUCUUGAGCCUGUCAGCUGCAUGUGAUGUCUUGGACCAGCACAACCUCAAGCAAAAUGACCAGCCCAUGGAUAUCCUGCAGAUCAUUAACUGUUUGACUACUCUUUAUGAUCGUCUGGAGCAAGAGCACAACAACUUGGUCAACGUCCCUCUCUGUGUGGAUAUGUGUCUCAAAUGGCUUCUCAAUGUUUAUGAUACGGGACGAACAGGGAAGAUCCGUGUCCUGUCUUUUAAAACUGGCAUCAUUUCUCUGUGUAAAGCACACUUGGAAGACAAGUACAGAUACCUUUUCAAGCAAGUGGCAAGUUCAACUGGCUUUUGUGACCAGCGUAGGCUGGGUCUUCUUCUGCAUGAUUCUAUUCAAAUCCCAAGACAGCUGGGUGAAGUUGCCUCCUUUGGGGGCAGUAACAUAGAGCCAAGCGUCAGGAGCUGCUUCCAAUUUGCCAACAAUAAACCUGAGAUUGAAGCGGCCCUCUUCCUCGACUGGAUGCGCCUGGAACCCCAGUCUAUGGUGUGGCUGCCCGUUUUGCACAGAGUGGCAGCUGCAGAAACUGCCAAGCACCAGGCCAAGUGUAACAUCUGCAAGGAGUGUCCAAUCAUUGGAUUCAGGUACAGAAGUCUAAAGCACUUUAAUUAUGACAUCUGCCAAAGCUGCUUUUUUUCUGGUCGAGUGGCAAAGGGUCAUAAAAUGCACUACCCCAUGGUAGAAUAUUGCACUCCGACUACAUCUGGAGAAGAUGUCCGUGACUUCGCCAAGGUACUGAAAAACAAAUUCCGUACCAAAAGGUAUUUUGCGAAGCAUCCCCGAAUGGGCUACCUGCCAGUGCAGACUGUGUUAGAGGGGGACAACAUGGAAACUCCCGUUACUCUGAUCAACUUCUGGCCAGUAGAUUCUGUGCCUACCUCGUCCCCCCAGCUUUCACACGAUGAUACUCAUUCACGCAUUGAGCAUUAUGCUAGCAGGCUAGCAGAAAUGGAAAACAGCAAUGGAUCUUAUCUAAAUGAUAGCAUCUCUCCUAAUGAGAGCAUAGAUGAUGAACAUUUGUUAAUCCAGCAUUACUGCCAAAGUUUGAACCAGGACUCCCCCCUGAGCCAGCCUCGUAGUCCUGCCCAGAUCUUGAUUUCCUUAGAGAGUGAGGAAAGAGGGGAGCUAGAGAGAAUCCUAGCAGAUCUUGAGGAAGAAAACAGGAAUCUACAAGCAGAGUAUGAUCGUCUGAAGCAGCAGCAUGAACGUAAAGGCCUGUCCCCAGUGCCGUCUCCUCCAGAGAUGAUGCCCACCUCUCCCCAGAGUCCCAGGGAUGCUGAGCUCAUUGCUGAGGCCAAGCUACUGCGUCAACACAAAGGACGCCUGGAAGCCAGGAUGCAAAUCCUGGAAGACCACAAUAAGCAGCUGGAGUCUCAGUUACACAGACUGAGGCAGCUCCUGGAACAGCCCCAGGCUGAAGCUAAGGUGAAUGGCACCACAGUGUCCUCCCCUUCCACCUCUCUGCAGAGGUCUGAUAGCAGUCAGCCUAUGCUGCUCCGAGUGGUUGGCAGUCAAACUUCAGAGUCUGUGGGUGAGGAAGAUCUUCUGAGUCCUCCCCAAGAUACAAGCACAGGAUUAGAGGAAGUGAUGGAGCAACUCAACAACUCCUUCCCGAGCUCAAGAGGACACAAUGUAGGGAGCCUUUUCCACAUGGCAGAUGAUUUGGGCAGAGCGAUGGAGUCCCUAGUUUCAGUCAUGACAGAUGAAGAAGGAGCAGAAUAAAUGUUUUACAACUCCUCAUUCCCGCAUGGUUUUAUAAUAUUCGUACAACAAAGAGGAUUAGACAGUAAGAGUUUACAAGAAAUAAAAUCUAUAUUUUUGUGAAGGGUAGUGGUACUAUACUGUAGAUUUCAGUAGUUUCUAAGUCUGUUAUUGUUUUGUUAACAAUGGCAGGUUUUACACGUCUAUGCAAUUGUACAAAAAAGUUAAAAGAAAACUACAUGUAAAAUCUUGAUAGCUAAAUAACUUGCCAUUUCUUUAUAUGGAACGCAUUUUGGGUUGUUUAAAAAUUUAUAACAGUUAUAAAGAAAGAUUGUAAACUAAAGUGUACUUUA